AUGAGUCUGAGUGAAGAGGUUAUCCCGAAGAAAGCUUCCAAAGAUGCAGCAGGCGCUUCUGACGCUCCUACGCCUGCGGAAGGGACCAAGAAGCUCUCGAACAAGGAAUUGAAAGAGCUAAAGAAGCGCGAGAAGGCUGCCAAACGUUCGGCAAAGAAGCAAGAAAGUGGCAUUUCAAUCGAGCAACAACAGCAGCAGGCUCAAGCGAAGAGAGAGAAGAAACAGCAGCAGCGUGAGCAACAAUUGCAGCACCAGAAGGAACAACAGAGGAAACAGGAAGAGAGAAGGAAAAAGGUGAAGCAGAACUUGAAGAAAAAUACGCUGUUUGGCCAUUUGGAGACGACGGCUGAAAGAAGGGCAACGAUUUUGGCUGUAACAGGUGCUAUCAGUUCGUCGAAGGCGUCGCGAAUCACGGCUGCGGGCCUGAUGUUGCCUGCAGUUACCAGCGCAUUAACAGGAUCGCAGAUUCCUAUCAACUCGUCACUGCACACAUCCAGCGGUGCCUCCACCGCCACCUCAGGUGCAAAUACAACGAAUGGCGGCAGCGGCGAUGCCAAGAAUGAUAUUUCCAAGGGAUUAGCUUCGAUGAGCCUAGAAAGCGAGGAGUUUUCGGUGGUGCCAGGUGUCGGAUCUGUGAUCCCGAAUGUGAUCGAGCAGUCCUUCGAUAGCCCGCAACUAGUCUCAUCCGUUAAGGAACUUUUGCUCAACAAAGAGUUCAUUCACCCGGCCGUCUCACUGCUAACUUCGCGUAUAGCCAAUUACAUGAUUGUUGGUUCCAUACCUCGGUGCAUAGCAAUGUUGGAAGCGUUUCAAACCGUGAUAAGAGAUUAUCAAACUCCUUCGGGCACAACAUUAUCUCGUAACCUGACGAGUUAUUUAUCCCACCAGAUAGACAUUUUGAAGAAGGCGAGACCCCUCAGCGUUACAAUGGGUAACGCCAUCAGAUGGCUCAAGCAGGAAAUUUCGCUCAUUGAUCCUUGCACACCUGACAAGGAAGCCAAGAGAGACCUAUGCGAGAAGAUAGCACAGUUUGCGCGCGAGAAGAUAGAACUUGCCGACCAGCUAAUUAUCGGAUCUGCUUCCGACCAUGUGGAGAACAAUUCCACUAUUGUCACCUACGGUUCUUCCAAGGUUCUGACAGAUCUUUUACUUCACAAUGCCGUUGACUUGCAGAAGAAGUUCAAGGUUAUCGUGGUGGAUUCGAGGCCGUUGUUUGAAGGCAGGAAAAUGGCUGAUGUCUUGAGAAGCCACGGUGUUGACGUGACCUAUGCUUUGAUAACAAGUUUAGAUGGCAUCCUCAAUAUGUCAGUAGAUUACGUUUUCCUGGGUGCGCACUCAAUUCUGUCCAACGGCUUCCUGUAUUCAAGAGUAGGCACCGCCAUGUUGGCCAUGAGUGCAAAGAGACGUAACAUCCCCGUGCUGGUCUGUUGCGAGAGUCUGAAAUUCUCUCAAAGAGUACAGCUUGAUAGCGUCACCUUCAAUGAGCUUGCUGAUCCGGAAGAUCUUACCACGAUAGAUUCCCGAAACCUAGUAGACAGGAACAACGUAAGGGGAACCCUUUUGAAACAAUUCCUGAAGGAACGCAAAGAGGAGAAGCAGAAAAUGGCAUUAGAGAACAAGGCCAACAACAAGUCUACAAACGGUGCCUCCUCGACAAGGGCGGACUCCCACUCGCUUGAUGAUGAUAAGGCAGGCCGGAACAUCCUGGAUGGAUGGCAGAACAUACCAAGCCUGAACAUUGUGAACAUCCUGUACGACCUCACCCCGCCAGAAUACAUCAAAAAGAUUAUCACAGAGUUUGGAGCUCUACCACCGUCAUCAGUCCCAGUCAUACUGAGGGAAUACAAAAGUUCUGCCUGA